UCCGGAGCGGAUCGCAACCCGGAGUCCGGAUCCGAGUCCCCCUCCGCACCGUCCCAAGGCAGGUGUCAGGGAUGGCUGAAGAUGGCAGUGAGGAGAUCAUGUUCAUCUGGUGCGAGGACUGCAGCCAGUACCAUGACUCUGAGUGUCCCGAGCUGGGCCCUGUGGUCACAGUGAAAGACUCCUUCGUGCUGAGCAGGGCUAGGUCAUCCUUGCCUACCAACUUGGAGAUCCGGCGCCUGGAGGAUGGCGCUGAAGGCGUGUUCGCCGUCACGCAGCUCGUCAAGCGCACGCAGUUCGGCCCCUUUGAGUCCCGGAGGGUCGCCAAGUGGGAGAAGGAAUCCGCCUUUCCACUCAAGGUGUUCCAGAAAGACGGGCACCCCGUGUGCUUCGACACCUCCAACGAGGACGACUGUAACUGGAUGAUGCUGGUGCGGCCGGCGGCAGAGGCUGAGCACCAGAACCUCACGGCCUACCAGCAGGGCGGCGACGUGUUCUUCACCACCUCGCGGGACAUCCCCGCCGGCACCGAGCUGCGGGUCUGGUACGCGGCCUUCUAUGCCAAGAAGAUGGACAAGCCCAUGCUGAGGCAGGCCUGCGCCAGCGCCCACGCUGCGGGCACCCCAGAGAACAACGCCCUGGCGGAGCCCGAGCCCAGCCAGUGGGUCUGCAAGGUGUGCUCGGCUACCUUCCCAGAGCUGCAGCUCCUGAAUGAGCAUCUCCUGGGCCACUUGGAGCAUGCCAGAAGCCUUUCAGCAGGUGGCCAGAGUGAGGUGGCACCCGAGAAGGAGCCAGAUGCCCCCCUGGGGGAACCUGCCAUGGUGCCUGAAGCCCGGAGUUUGGCAGAGCGGAAGAGGAAGCCCCGGCGGGGCAGAAAACCCAAGGCAGCCCGGGCCGAGCAGCCUCCAGGCCUGGCUGAAGACAAGGAGCCGGCAGAGCGGGUGGCGGAGAUUGUCACCGAGGUCCCCCCGGAUGAGCCUGCAGCUGCCACGCCGGACGAGCGCAUCAUGGAGCUGGUGUUUGGGAAGUUUGCCGCCACCACCGCCACCACCACGAGUGAUGUCAGCACGGUGCCCAAGUUCAGCCACCACCCGAGCAGCACCGUGGCCCUCAAACGGAGCCUCAUCCUGUCCAACAGACACGGCCUCCGGCGCAAGCUGAGCAAGCAGCUAGCGGGGCACCAGCGCGUGUACCAGUGUGGGGCCUGCAGUAAAGUCUUCCAGAAUAGCAGUAACCUGAGCCGGCACGUGCGCUCUCACGGUGACAAGCUGUUCAAGUGUGAGGAGUGCGCGAAGCUCUUCAGCCGCAAGGAGAGCCUGAAGCAGCAUGUGUCCUACAAGCACAGCCGCAACGAGGUCGACAGUGAGUUCCGGUACCGUUGCGGCACCUGCGAGAAGACCUUCCGCAUUGAGAGCGCGCUCGAGUUCCACAACUGCAGGACAGACGACAAGACGUUCCAGUGCGAGAUGUGCUCGCGGUUCUUCUCCACCAACAGCAACCUGUCCAAGCACAAGAAGAAGCACGGUGACAAGAAGUUCGCCUGCCAGGUCUGCAGCAAGAUGUUCUACCGCAAGGACGUCAUGCUGGACCACCAGCGGCGCCACCUGGAGGGGGUGCGCCGGGUGAAGCGGGAAGACCUGGAGGCCAGCGGGGAGAGCUUGGUCCGCUACAAGAAGGAACCUUCUGGAUGUCCCGUGUGUGGCAAGGUCUUCUCCUGCCGCAGCAACAUGAACAAGCACCUGCUGACCCACGGCGACAAGAAGUACACCUGUGAGAUCUGCGGGCGCAGGUUCUUCCGUGUGGACGUGCUCAGAGACCACAUCCACGUCCACUUCAAGGACAUCGCCCUCAUGGACGACCACCAGCGGGAAGAGUUUAUCGGCAAGAUCGGGAUCUCCUCAGAGGAGAAUGACGACAACUCGGAUGAGAGCGCCAGCUCCGAGCCGCACAAGUACAGCUGCAAGCGCUGCCAGCUCACCUUCGGCCGCGGCAAGGAGUACCUGAGGCACAUCAUGGAGGUGCACAAGGAGAAGGGCCACGGCUGCAGCAUCUGCAACCGCCGCUUCGCACUCAAGGCCACCUACCACGCCCACAUGGUCAUCCACCGCGAGAACCUGCCGGACCCCAACGUGCAGAAGUACAUCCACCCAUGUGAGAUCUGUGGGCGGAUCUUCAACAGCAUUGGCAACCUGGAGCGCCACAAGCUCAUCCACACAGGUGUGAAGAGCCACGCCUGUGAGCAGUGCGGGAAGUCAUUUGCCAGGAAGGACAUGCUGAAGGAGCACAUGCGGGUGCACGACAACAUCCGGGAAUACCUGUGCGCCGAGUGCGGGAAAGGCAUGAAGACCAAGCAUGCCCUGCGCCACCACAUGAAGCUACACAAGGGCAUCAAGGAGUACGAGUGCAAGGAGUGCCACCGCAAGUUCGCACAGAAAGUCAACAUGCUCAAACACUACAAGCGGCACACGGGGAUUAAAGACUUCAUGUGUGAGUUGUGUGGCAAGACUUUCAGUGAGAGAAACACCAUGGAGACCCACAAGCUCAUCCACACAGUGGGCAAGCAGUGGACGUGUUCCGUGUGCGAUAAGAAGUAUGUGACUGAGUACAUGCUGCAGAAGCACGUGCAGCUAACGCACGACAAGGUGGAAGCACAGAGCUGCCAGCUGUGUGGGACCAAGGUGUCCACCCGGGCCUCCAUGAGCAGGCACAUGCGCCGCAAGCACCCUGAGGUCCUGGCGGUGAGGAUCGAUGACUUGGACCACCUUCCUGAGACCACCACCAUUGAUGCCUCCUCCAUCGGCAUCGUGCAGCCCGAGCUGAGCCUGGAGCAGGAGGAGCUGCCCGAGGGCAAGCACAGCAAGGCCACCAAGCGCGCCCACAAGCGGAAGCAGAAGCCGGAGGAGGAGGCCGAGGCCCCGGGGCCCGAGGAGGCGACCUUCAGCGAGUACUCGGAGAAGGAGGCCGAGUUCACAGGCGGUGUGGGCGACGAGACCAGCUCUGCCGUGCAGAGCAUACAGCAGGUGGUGGUAACGUUGGGGGACCCCAGCGUGACGGCUCCGUCCAGCUCGGUGGGCCUGACCAACAUCACCGUGACCCCCAUCACCACCGCGGCUGGGACUCAGUUCACCAAUCUGCAACCUGUGGCUGUGGGCCACCUCACCGCCCCCGAGCGCCAGCUGCAGCUGGACAACUCCAUCCUGACCGUGACUUUUGACACCGUCAGUGGCUCGGCCAUGCUGCACAACCGGCCAAAUGACGUGCAGCUCCACCCACAGCCCGAAGCCUCCAACCCACAGUCGGUGGCCCACUUCAUCAACCUGACCACCCUGGUCAAUUCCAUCACACCCCUGGGGAACCAGCUCAGCGACCAGCAUCCGCUCGCGUGGCGGGCUGUGCCACAGGCCGACGUCCUGCAGACCCCGCCGCCACCACCACCACCCCCGCCGCCAGCCCCGCAGCCGCAGGCGGCCCCGCCGCAGGUGCAGCCGGAGCAGCCACCACAGAUGUUCAGCUACUGAGCCUGUGCUGGCUGCCGGUCAGGACCGUGGACAGGGC